GCAGUGGGGACAAAAUGUAUGUGAAAUGCAGUGAAAAAGCAAUGACAGCAAAAAUGUCAUUUUUUUAAAAAUUUCAAACUUCCCGCCGGUUCCGCCGCCCGAACGUUCCGACGUCACGGGGACCGGAACACGGAAGUCAGAUGCCGGCAUCCGCCGGAGGAGAUGGACGGGGACGCUGCAGGGGACACAUCGUGGGAGCGAAGGACAAGGUAAGUGCUGGAGGGACUCCCUAUGCAGCGCCGCAUGGUAAGCCCGAGUGUAGCUCAGGGUUACCGCUUUUGGUACUGAAACUUUACCCCGAGCUACACUCGGGAAUACCGCUAGGGAGGUUAAGUAAU